AUGAUUUUCAAAACCUUUCGAGUUUUUUCAAUCUUUUUAAUCAAUGGGAUCAAAUUUCGAAUAUCAUUAAGACUUUUAAGAGAAUUUUUAGACCAUUAUGCAUAUGUUUACCUUAAUUUUUUCAUGAUCUAUAUUAUUUUAAAUGGAAUUUAUUAACAAAUAUGUAUAACGUUACGACACUUUUUCGUAAUUAAUUUGUUUGUAAGAUAGUUAAACAGUAGACAAAGCCAAAUAUGGACCGCAUAUAUAUAGUCGUACACAUUCAGCCUUUUGCUCCUUACCUUUUUAAGAAAGUCUUCUUUUAAGUUUCUGGGUUUCAGUUUUUUUUUUUUUAAAAUAAAAGUUUCUAUAAGAAGAAAUCUCGUCUCUGUUUAAUUCUCUCUUUAACGUUUUGAUCCGUUUCCAUAAGAACAUAACAGAGCAAGAAAAAAAAGAAAGCACAAGCUUUGUUGUUCUGAAGAGAAAACAAACAAAACAGAGAGUUUAAGACAGAGAGAAGCUCAUGGAUGUUUUUGCUUUCAAUGCUUCUUUAUCCAUGUGUAAAGAUGUUGCCGGAAUCGCAGGCAACAUAUUUGCAUUUGGACUCUUCGUUUCACCAAUGCCAACGUUUAGGAGGAUCAUGAGGAACAAAUCGACGGAGCAAUUCUCCGGUUUACCAUACAUUUACGCUCUCUUAAACUGCUUGAUCUGCCUUUGGUAUGGCACACCUUUCAUAUCACACAGCAAUGCCAUGCUUAUGACUGUGAAUUCCGUUGGAGCUACGUUUCAGCUUUGCUACAUUAUCCUCUUCAUCAUGCAUACAGACAAGAAGAACAAGAUGAAGAUGCUUGGUUUGCUUUUUGUGGUGUUUGCUGUGGUUGGAGUGAUUGUAGCUGGAAGUUUGCAGAUACCUGACCAGCUCACACGGUGGUACUUUGUCGGGUUCUUGAGCUGCGGUUCUCUUGUUUCAAUGUUUGCCUCGCCGUUGUUUGUUAUUAACCUAGUGAUUCGGACUAAGAGCGUUGAGUUUAUGCCGUUUUAUCUCUCGCUAUCGACUUUCUUGAUGAGUGCUUCCUUCCUUCUUUACGGGUUAUUCAACAGCGAUGCCUUUGUUUAUACACCAAAUGGAAUAGGAACGAUUCUUGGCAUUGUGCAGCUGGCUUUGUACUGUUACUACCACAGGAAUUCUAUAGAAGAAGAAACAAAAGAGCCUUUGAUUGUUUCUUACGUGUGAGGUUCGCGCAAAGAAGCAAAUUUAUAGUGGGGAAAUUAAAAGAAACCAGAAAAUGUGGUGACAUCAAGAUUCUUUGUUGUUGUUGUUAUUGUUGUCUACUCUGUGUAGCUCAUUGUGACUAUCUACCGGCUUUCAUUCUCUCAUGGCGUGAAGAUGUUUAUUCUCUCUGCUUCUGUCAUGAUCGAAGGAUGGAAGUCUUUUUCAGUUUUGAUGGCUCAAUUGCUGAAGAUUAUGUGAAGACACAUGACAGAUUCACUGGUGUACGUGGGUUUUGUUUUUGUGUGGUGGAAAUCUCAUGGUGGGUCGAUAACGUUUGUCCAUAUAUUGUUUGUUUUUUUUGAAGAUUACUCUAUUUUUUUGUUCAUAAGAUUUUUUUUCUUUGAUAUGGAAAUCUCUGGUGGGUUGAUUUGAAGACGUUUGUUAAGGAUUAUUCUAUUUUGUCUGUUCAUAAGA